AGUUAAAAAACAAAAAAGAAAAAGAAAAACCCAAUUAACCAAAAAGAAUUCACUUUUGAUAGUUUUUAUCGUAUGGUUCUUUUUAGCUGCAUUUUGAAAAAGUGUUGCACUUACUAAAAUUAGCUCUAAGAAAAUGCACAAACUGAUUCCAGGAGCACCAAAGUUAGCCACCCAACGUGCAUGGCUUUAAGUUUAAAGCUGGGAGGCAUUAUUCUAUUUAUAGGGGGAAAUAUUAGGAAAAGAUGGAAUAUUUUUCCUCCUGACCCCUCAUUCACAGGCUCAGCGUAGAUGUUGUUCCUCAAACAAACUUUUUUCUUGUCAGUUUUUACAAGACCUCCCUCUGUUUGAACGUUUCCCAACAAUUCAUUUCUGCAGUUUUGAGUCGGUUAUACAUUUGACUUUCCAUCCGAAUCGGUUUGAUGCCCGCCAAUUUGGUUGGGUGGUUACCUUCAGUCUUCUUCAAGAAUUUGCUAGGCAAUUUAAUUCAUAUGGGAACAGUUGUUCAAACCCAGGUAACUUGAAAGUUUCUGUUCAUCUCAUGUCCGUGGCCCAAUAACUCCACUGGGAAAGAUGAGAUCUUAUGUUGCCGGUUUGAUUCCAAUGAAGUAAAUGUUAACAAUAAGACCUAUUGGAGCAGGCAGUUCUUCUGUUCUAGGUAGCAUCAAAGUUUAUAUAAAUUUUUUCUAAUGAUUAGCCGUGAAAACCAGCUUGUGGUGACGAAAGAGCUUGAAAUGACAGUCCUGUCUCAACAUCCCAUUUUCAGGCUCAAUCCAAACUCGUUCUGGUAAACGGCUUUUAAUAAUGUCCAAUUAUUUCCAGGGAUCAGCUGUACCUAUUUCCAAUGCAAAACCACCAUCCGGGGAGAAAGUAUCCGAGGAUCAGACAACAAAUAAAGCAGUCCCUCAGACCUCAGUCGUUUUUAUCUAUCAAGCCAAAGUAGCUGGAUUGCGUUGCAAUGUAACAGCGACCUGGUGCAAAAACCUCAGUAACCAUUCCCUUACCAUCAAGGUGGAAAACCCUUGUAUUGAAAAGCAUCUCACUUGCAAGGUAGAUAUACGGACCUGGCAGUUUUGGGGUAGAAAAGGUCUCAAAUCCUUUGAACUAGAGGGAAAACAAGUAGGGAUUUUCUGGGAUUUUAGACAGGCAAAAUUCUCCAGCCCUCCGGAUCCCUGCUCUGAUUAUUAUGUUGCCAUGGUUUGUGAGGAAGAGGUGGUUUUAUUGCUAGGAGACAUGAAGAAAGAUGCUUAUAAAAGAACCAGAUCAAGGCCAUCUUUAGAUGAUGCCACCUUGUUGUGCAAGAAAGAGAAUGUGCAUGGAAAAAGAUUGUUUUGUACUAGAGCCAUGUUGGCUGAGGGUGGAAAAGAACAUGACAUUGUCAUUGAGACAUCUCUAUCUGGGCCUGGUGAUCCUGAAAUGUGGAUUAGCAUUGGGAAUGCAAUGGUGAGUCGUGUCACAAACUUGAAUUGGAGAUUCAGGGGGAAUGAAACUGUGAUGGUGAACAAUUUGCCUGUACAAAUUUUAUGGGAUGUGCACGAUUGGUUGCAUAGUAGCUCCGGUUCAGGUCCUGGUUUGUUCAUCUUCAAGCCAGGCGCACUGAAAUGUGUAUUAGAUAGUGUUUCUGAUGUUAAAAAUUGCAGCCAUCAAAGGAAUGAGGAUGGUUGCCAAUAUGAGUCCCCCUUAGUUCAGGAAAACCAAUCCACCAAAGAGUUCUGCCAUUUCUUAUAUGCUUGGAGAAGUGAGUAAGGGGCAGACAGAGACUAGCUGCAUUCCAAUCUUACAUGUUACAUGGUUAAUAUAUCAUCAAUUCAGUGUUCUUUCUGUAAAGCAAAUAAUAUUUGUAUCUUAAUAUGGGUUCAUUUAUUAAUUUUUUUUAAUUUUCCACUUGGAGAUUUUAACAUUGAUGCGAAUCCAAAUGGAUAUUGAUUCACAUGAGAAUUACAUGUAUAUGCCUAAAAAAAGAAUUAAAUUGUAAAUUACUUCUAUUUCCAUAAUUAGACCAAAAACAUUUAAAUUUGGCCAUA